CCCUCACCGGUUCCCGCACGUGCCCGCUGCCGGGGUCCCGCCGAGCAUCACCGGGCGUUGCUGGGGACCUACGACCUCUGGCCCGCCCUGCGCUGAUCACCGGAUCCUUCCCUGACCCGACGUGUCUGGGCUGGCAUGGGGGAGGGCGUCCUUGCCUGGGACGGUUUGUUGUCCAUUUAACCUGGCUUUGUAAACAGUGCUCAAUUGUAGCGCGGUCGGACCGAAAGCCCAGGGGAGGUUUGGCAGGGAUGUGCCUUGUUGGAGGUCACUUCCUGGGACACUUGCCCAGGGUCGCACUCACUGCCGGCCCUCCCGCCGCCCUAGAAUUUGCACCCGACGGAAGAUGGUGCAUUCUCUUUUCCCACCCACGGGACUUUACCCCAGUGUGUACCACAGAGCUUGGCAGAGCUGCGAAACUGGCGCCAGAGUUUGCCAAGAGGAAUGUUAAGUUGAUUGCUCUUUCGAUAGACAGUGUUGAGGACCAUCUUGCCUGGAGCAAGGACAUCAAUGCUUACAAUGGUGAUGAGCCCACAGAAAAGUUACCGUUUCCCAUCAUCGAUGACAGGGAGAGGGACCUUGCCAUCCUUUUGGGCAUGUUGGAUCCAGCAGAGAAGGAUGAGAAGGGCAUGCCUGUGACGGCCCGUGUGGUGUUUGUUUUCGGGCCCGACAAGAAACUGAAGCUGUCUAUCCUCUACCCGGCCACCACCGGCAGGAAUUUUGAUGAGAUUCUCAGAGUAAUUAAGUCUCUCCAGCUGACAGCCACGAAGCGGGUCGCUACCCCGGUUGACUGGAAGGAAGGCGACAGCGUCAUGGUCCUUCCCACCAUCCCUGAAGAGGAGGCCAAACAGCUUUUCCCCAAAGGAGUCUUCACCAAAGAGCUCCCAUCUGGCAAGAAAUACCUCCGUUAUACCCCUCAGCCUUAAGUCUUUGUGGGAGUUGAGGCUGCAGCUGCUCCAGCGUGGUGGACCCGAGGAUACCAGCUGGCAGUCGUGUGUCCUUGCACCGUUCAGUAAACAUCCUGGUGUGAUCACAGCCAAAGUCACUAUACUACUGGCUCAUUAAAUGAAAAUGGCACCAAAA